UAAAAAAACAAAUUGCAUAAUUUAAAAUUUGCGGAAGGCGAAAUGAAAUGAAUUUUAUCAAACUGCAACUCUUCUUGCUUUUCUGUUUCUAUCAGCUAUCAUGUGAACAGAUGUUGUUUUUGCUACUAAAAUAUUCCAGCAUUGUAAAUAAGAAGGUUGAUUAAUUCACCACAUAUAUAUUCGCCAUAUUGUCAUCAGUGUUGUAAAUGAAUAAAGCGAAGUUUUAUCAAUUGUGUUCUUUGCAAUUUAUGAAAAUUACCAAAUUUUGAUAAGCAAAAAUAUUUUCUGUAAUAAUAAGAAAAAAGGUAGUUUGCAUAAGCGAGGGAUUACGGGGCUAGAAGUUUUAAGCGUAGUACGUGAGUUGCAAAAAAAAAAUAAAUUAGGUUUAAAGCAGCCAUAAAAGAGCAACUGUAAAUUUUUGUGUUUGUGUGUGCAAAUGCUUUUCUGUAGUGUAUAACGAAAAUAUAUUCUACUUUUUCACUUUGAUAUAUUUAAGAGAAAUUUUUAAGAUAAAAACAUUGUAGAGUGUAGAGAAAGAAACAAAUUAGUAAAAUGACUUCACCUUCACCAGCGAAUAGCCCUAUGCCGCCACCGCAAGCGCCAAGUCCUAUGGGACCGCCCUCCCAGAGUCCGGCACCUUCACCAUCUCCGCACAGUCCUUACGCUCAUCCGUCACAAACUGGUCCUGGCGUGCCACCCGUGCAGCAGAUGCCUUCGGGAGCUCCUCAAGGUCCUCCGCAUGGACCACCACACUUACAGGGACCUCCUCCUGGUCCAGGACAUCACGGCCCUCCACCGCCAGGGCAUCCAAGUCCUUAUGGUCAUCCUAUGCAGCACGGACCUCCCCAUGGUCCUCCACAUGGAGGCCCCCAGCAUGGUCCCAUGUCCACUCAACAACAUGGAAUGCCUCAACAUGGUCCACCGCCAGGACAGCACGGGCCUCCAGGGGCACAAGGUGCUCCAGUUACAGGACCACCAAUGACUCAUGCUCCGCCGCAUGGUGUGCCGCCACACGCGAAUCCACAACAACAACCUAGAGCCCAGGGAGGUCCUCCACCUCAUAUGAAUGGUCCUCCCGGGCAAGGACCGCCAGGUCCUCAAGGGCAUCAUAUGCCACCACAUCAUCAAGGAAUGGGCCCUCAUUUAGGGAUGCAGAUGCCGCCUCAAGGACCUAAUAUGCCAAUGGGUUUCCAAACACAUGGUCUGCCCCCAAAUGGUCCUCCAACAGGCCCGGGUCAGGGACCACCACCCGAGCGAGCUGGCCAAGAAAAUUUGCAUGCAUUACAACGUGCCAUUGAUACAAUGGAAGAAAAAGGUCUGCAAGAAGAUCCUCGCUACACUCAACUACUCGCUAUUAGAGCUACUUCAAAACAUCAACAUUUAACAAACAAUCAAGUGACUAUGUUGCGCGCACAAAUCACGGCUUAUCGCUUGCUGGCACGUAACAAAACGAUUUCGAUGCAAACGCAACAAAUUUUGCAGGCACCUGUGCAGCAACAACAACCUGGAGUAGCGCCCUCUACAAUACCCGGUCACCCGGGAGUACCAGGCCCGGCGCCUGUACCGCCCGGUGUUCCUCAACAGCAAGGAAAUAGUGGAACACCACCACAAUGUCCAACACCUCCGGCAAGUCCUUACGCUCAAGGCCCGGGAAAAAUGCAACCACCACCUCAUAGUCAACCUGGUCAAAUGCCUCCGGGUGCUGCUCCACCGCCACCUAAUCAAGAUUUGCAUCAAAUACCCAAUGGGAGUAAACCGCCGGGCCCGCCAUUAUUGGCUGGAGGUCAACCACCAAUAUCUUCACCAAUACCAGCUACUAUAAAUGCUGCUGGGGUACGCCCACCUGGAUCCGUAGGUAUGCCACAAGGACCGCCGAAACAAGGAGCUCCUGCACCCCAACAGCCCAUGCCUAAGCCAAAUCGUGUUACGACGUUAGCAAAACCAGUAGGUUUAGAUCCUAUCGUUUUGUUGCAGGAACGAGAAAACCGCAUUGCCGCUCGUAUGGCUUUGCGUAUGCAAGAACUUCAACGUUUGCCGGUUACGAUGCCUGAAGAUCUACGUCUUCAUGCUGCGAUUGAAUUGAGAGCUCUACGCGUAUUGAAUUUUCAACGUCAACUACGCACUGAGAUUGUUCAGUGCACUCGUCGUGACACUACUUUGGAAACCGCCGUUAACAUUAAGGCUUAUAAACGGACUAAACGUCAAGGAUUGCGUGAAGCUCGUGCUACCGAAAAACUUGAAAAGCAACAAAAAUUAGAGGCAGAACGCAAACGUCGUCAGAAACAUCAAGAAUUCCUGGCUGCUGUGUUGCAACACGGUAAAGAUUUUAAAGAGUACCAUCGCAAUAACAAGGCUCAAUUAGCUCGCAUCAAUAAGGCUAUAAUGAACUAUCACGCCAACGCUGAACGCGAACAGAAGAAGGAACAAGAACGUAUUGAAAAGGAACGUAUGCGUCGAUUGAUGGCCGAAGAUGAAGAGGGCUAUCGCAAAUUGAUCGAUCAAAAGAAAGACAAACGUCUGGCUUUCUUGCUUUCGCAGACCGAUGAAUAUAUCAGCAAUUUAACUCAGAUGGUCAGGCAGCAUAAGGACGAUCAAAAGAAGAAGAAGGAAGAGGAGCAUAAGCGUUUAUUGCUUUAUAAAAAAGAAUUGUUAGUAAGUGGCGACUAUCUCAACAUAGAUGAUAGUUGUAUGGCAGCUGAUUUGCAUGUUGCUGUGGUUGAGCAAGCGACAGGCAAUAAAUUGACUGGUGAAGAGGCUCCGUUAUUAAAAAAUUUGCACCGUUGGUUGGAGCAAAAUCCUGGAUGGGACUGGAUAGAGGAUGAUGAUGAACAAAAUGAUUCAGAGCACGAUAAUAAGAAGGAGCAUAAUGAAAAAGAAGCAACAGAGAAACAAGUGCAACAAGAUAUUAAAAGAGACGAGCAGAAAGAAGGCGACGAAGAUGCUAAGGAUCUAAUUAAAAAAGCCAAAGUCGAAGAUGAUGAAUAUCGCACAGAGGAACAAACCUAUUACAGCAUUGCUCACACAAUACACGAAAAAGUUCAUGAACAAGCUAGCAUCAUGGUUAACGGCCAACUGAAGGAAUAUCAGUUAAAGGGUUUGGAAUGGUUGGUAUCGCUCUAUAACAAUAAUUUGAAUGGUAUUUUAGCUGAUGAGAUGGGCUUGGGUAAAACUAUACAAACGAUAUCUUUGGUAACCUACUUAAUGGAUAAGAAGAAGGUUAUGGGACCGUAUUUGAUUAUUGUGCCGCUAUCCACUUUGCCAAAUUGGGUUUUGGAAUUUGAGAAAUGGGCGCCCUCGGUGGGAGUUGUCAGUUACAAGGGCUCACCUCAAGGACGCCGGCUAUUGCAGAACCAGAUGAGAGCCACCAAAUUUAAUGUCUUGCUGACCACUUAUGAAUACGUGAUUAAAGAUAAGGCCGUUUUAGCUAAAAUUCAGUGGAAAUAUAUGAUUAUCGAUGAGGGCCAUCGUAUGAAGAAUCAUCAUUGCAAACUCACCCAGGUGUUGAAUACUCACUAUGUGGCUCCCUAUCGUUUGCUGUUGACUGGUACUCCAUUGCAAAACAAAUUGCCUGAAUUAUGGGCGCUAUUGAAUUUCUUGCUGCCCUCGAUUUUUAAAUCAUGCUCCACGUUCGAACAGUGGUUCAAUGCUCCUUUCGCCACCACAGGUGAAAAGGUUGAAUUGAACGAAGAGGAGACAAUUUUGAUUAUACGCCGUUUGCAUAAAGUUUUGCGUCCAUUCCUGUUACGCCGUCUGAAAAAAGAAGUAGAGCAUCAACUGCCUGAUAAGGUCGAAUAUAUAAUCAAAUGUGAUAUGUCUGGCUUGCAGCGUGUUUUAUACAAACAUAUGCAAAGCAAGGGUGUUUUAUUGACUGACGGGUCAGAAAAAGGUAAACAGGGAAAAGGUGGGGCCAAAGCAUUAAUGAAUACCAUUGUGCAACUGCGCAAACUGUGUAACCAUCCUUUCAUGUUUCAACACAUCGAAGAGAAAUAUUGUGAUCAUACAAGAGCGCAAAGUAUGGCUUCUGGUCCCGAUCUAUAUCGCGUUUCGGGUAAAUUCGAGUUAUUAGAUCGUAUUUUACCGAAACUGAAGGCAACUAAUCAUCGCGUUUUGCUAUUCUGUCAAAUGACUCAGUGCAUGACUAUUAUUGAAGAUUAUUUAAGCUGGCGUCAGUUCGGGUAUUUGCGCUUGGACGGUACAACAAAAGCGGAAGAUCGUGGCGAAUUAUUGCGAAAAUUCAAUGCUAAAGAUUCGGACUAUUUCGUAUUUCUUUUAUCUACGCGAGCCGGCGGCUUAGGUCUUAAUUUGCAAACAGCCGACACGGUUAUAAUAUUUGAUUCGGAUUGGAAUCCCCAUCAGGAUUUACAAGCUCAGGAUCGUGCCCAUCGUAUUGGUCAGCGCAACGAAGUGCGUGUGCUGCGUUUAAUGACAGUUAAUUCGGUUGAGGAACGCAUUUUGGCUGCUGCUCGUUAUAAAUUAAAUAUGGAUGAAAAGGUUAUACAAGCAGGAAUGUUUGAUCAAAAAUCUACGGGAAGUGAACGUCAGCAAUUCCUACAAACCAUACUUCAUCAGGAUGACGCCGAUGAAGAAGAGGAAAAUGAAGUGCCAGAUGACGAAAUGGUCAAUAUGAUGAUCGGACGUUCAGAGGAAGAGAUUGAAUUGUUUAAGAAAAUGGAUAUUGAACGCAAGAAGGAAGAUGAGCGUUUACAUCCAGGUCGUGAAAGAUUGAUAGAUGAAUCUGAACUACCCGAUUGGUUGACUAAGGACGAUGACGAAGUAGAGCGCUGGCAUACAUACGAUGAAGACACUAUUUUAGGGCGUGGCAGUCGUCAACGCAAAGAAGUUGACUACACGGAUAGUCUUACAGAGAAAGAGUUAUUAAGAGCUAUUGAUGAUGGUGCCGACUUCGAUGAGGAAGAGGAAGAAGAAGACUCCAAACGUAAAAAACGCAAACGCAAAAAUCGGAAAGAUGAAUCGGAUGAUGAUUCUGUGAUCUUGAAGCGUCGACGACGCCAGAAUAUCGACAAAAAAUUGAAAAAACAAAUGAAUAAAAUUAUGGCCGCUGUAAUAAAAUACACACAUGAUGGCCGCAUUCUGUCUGAGCCGUUUAUGAAAUUACCUUCCCGGCAACGUUUGCCCGAUUAUUAUGAAAUUAUCAAGCGCCCGGUUGACAUUAAAAAGAUAUUACAACGCAUUGAGGAUUGUAAAUAUGGCGACUUGGAUGACUUGCAAAAAGAUUUCGUGCAGUUAUGUCAGAAUGCUCAGACUUACAAUGAGGAGAACUCUUUAAUUUACUUGGAUUCGAUUGAAUUACAAAAUGUGUUUAUCGGUGCUCGUCAACGUAUUACAGUGGCAGCAGCUUCGUCUCUAUCAGGCGGCGGUGAGGGUACCACAGUCGGUUCUGACAAUUCCGAAAACGAGGAUGAAGACGGUAAUCAAGAUAAUUCAGAUGAUGAAGAGAUUGCCACUACUUCAGCUGCUGCGGUUAAAAUGAAGUUAAAGUUAAGCAAAUCAUUGGCCAACACAUCGUCGACCCCAACACCUUCAACUUCGGGGGUUGGUGGUAGUGUUUCAACCAGUAAGAAACAAACCAGACGUAAACGUUCACAAAAAAAAUAUACAAUCUCUGACGACGACGACGAUGAUAUAGAUUAGCUACCACUUGGCGUAGUAUUCUCUUUACAUUCACGCAAUGAAUAAGAAAUUUCUAUUUAUUCAUCUUAUCUAAGAUAAAUUGCAAGUUGCUUUUUAAAAGAUUUUUUCAAUUUGAGAUAUUUCUUAAUCUAUAUAAGUAAUAGUUCUUCUAGAUAUUUUUAAAGCUAAACGUCAUAAAUUUUCUUAACUUAAAAGUUUCAAUUAUUCAAUUAUUUUUUGGUUAAUUACAUAAUUCACUUACAAGUGUGGUAAACUGCAUAAAUAAGAUUAAAUGAAUAAAUACUAA